GAUGAGAAGGGUGGAGCCCCACCCUGGAGCAAUCAUUGGGGAGAUCCUCUAGGGUCAGUUGAGCACAAAAGAGCUCUGACUACGCAUAGAUAUGCCUGUGGACGCUGCAGCCAGGAGAGAAGUGUGGGGCAGAUCAGGGUAGAUGAGCAGAAGGAUGGGCGUGAAGCCCAGCACCGCCCAAGUGGGUCUGGGAUGCAUGAUGGGGAGCACAGGCAGGACACAGGGACAGGCCUGAGUAGUGGUCCUGUGACACCCCCACCCCUACCACAUGCUCUGGACCUCAGUUUGCCCUCCCCUGCUCCUCUGACCAGGACUCAAGGAUGCAAUCCGCUUCACUAAACCCAUCUGUCUGAGACUUGCUCACAUCUUCCUCUUUUGUGACUGGAAGUCACAGGGCAGAGCACUAAGCUGGGUGGUCACAGAGUGAACCCAGAACCUACGAGUGUGAAGGGACAGAGGGGAGCGUGGCAAGGGAGGCUUUGGGCCAUUGGGAGACUGGGGAGACAGGUGGGGGCAGAGAAGCUCAGGACCAUGGCUGAGGCCAUCACCUAUGCAGACCUGCGGUUUGUGAAGGCUCCCCUGAAGAAGGGCAUCGCCAGCCGAGUAGGACAGGAUCCAGAGGCUGACGAGGACGGGGAACUCACCUAUGAGAACGUACAGGUGCCCCCAGUCCCAGGGGGCUCGAGCUCGGCUCCUGCUGGACUAGGGGACAAAGCAGGGCUCCAGUCGCAGCCGCCGGCCGCCGCGCGGAGCUCCGUGACGUCGUCGGCGGCCGGGCGCCUCCUCCGCGGCCGUGCAGCCUUCAGGCAGUACCUCGUGCUCGGCGUGCUCCUCACCUGCCUGCUGCUGGGGGUGGCCUCCAUCUGCCUGGGAGUGCGCUAUCUGCAGGUGUCUCAGCAGCUCCAGCAGAUGAACAGGGUUCUGGAAGCCACUAACAGCAGCCUGAGGCAGCAGCUCACCCAAAAGAUGACCCAGUUGGGGCAGAGGGAAGCAGCUCUGCAGGGGUCCCAUAGGGAGCUGGCCCAGACUCAGGAAGCACUGCAGGUGGAACAGAAAGUUGGCCUGGCUACCAAAGAGCAGUUACAGGCCUGCCAGUCCGACAGGGAGAAGACAAAAGAGGACUUGCAAAGGGAGGAGGAGGAGAGGAGGAACCUGAAACAGAGGCUGAGCAGCAUGCAGGACACACUGAGGCCCUUCUUCACAUGCCCCUCAUCAGACACCUGCUGUCCCAUGGGAUGGGUAUUGAACGAGAGGAGUUGCUUUUACGUCUCAGUUACUCAGAGAAGUUGGGAGGAGAGCCGAAAACACUGUAAAUCUCUGUCCUCUGACCUGGCCACAUUCAGUGAUGUGUCUCAUCCUUAUUUCGGUUAUCCCAGCAGCUUAAACAAGCUGUUGGCACAAGUUGGUCAGCUUGAUUCAUAUUGGAUUGGCCUCAGCUUUAACAAGUACUGGCAGUGGAUUGAUGGCACAAGAAUCUCUGGGUUUGAUUAUAGGUAUUAUACUGAAAGCCCCAAAUGUGCCAAGCUACAAAGUAGUUGGCCAAAAUUGCAGCAGGAGAAGUGUUCAUCCUCUCUUCCCUGCAUCUGUGAGAUGGAAGCUUUCAGGUAUCCAGAUGGGGACCACUCUUUGCACUGAGCUGGAUACUCAUGCCAACAAGAGCCUGUGCCCCUCAUCCUAACCUGCAGCCUGCAGGUCCUGAGAUCAUCUCCCUCCAGUGCUCCCUCACUCUGCCUGGCCAGUGCCCGGCCAUGGGCUGAUCCACGCCCAACACUUCUAGACAGCCUGCCGCCUGCUUGAAAUCCUGUCCCACAAACUGAACUGCUCCUGGGAAAAGGGU